AAGCCCUGCUUUCAGCGUGUCGCGACGCUCUGUAAUGACCCUCCUUUGCAUUCUGCUGCUCUCCGUCCUGUCUACGUUCGUUUCGGCUCAUAAGAUUACUGUAGAGGCGUCCACGAAGGAGUGUUUUUUCGAGGACCUUCAUCAGCAUGACCAGAUGACCGUCACAUACCAAGUGGGGGAGGGUGGCCAUUUGGAUAUUGAUUUUUGGCUCACGGACCCGGAAGGAGACGUAUUGGCUAAACAAAUUCGACAAAGCACUGGUUCUGCGUCAAUAACAGCAGAAAAGGAUGGGCGCUAUGAAUACUGUUUCUCCAACCAGAUGAGCACCAUGGCUGACAAGCAGGUCAGUUUCAACGUCCACGGUAUCAUAUAUAUCCCUGAAGAAGCGGACAUCGUUGCACCUGUGGAGCGCGAAAUUCGCUCGUUAGCCAUAGGUUUACUGGCAGUCAAAGACGAACAAGAGUACAUCGUUGUUCGGGAACGCAGGCACAGAGACACUGCAGAGUCUACGAACGACCGUGUGAAGUGGUGGUCUGUUCUGCAAGCUAUUGUUUUAUUCUCUGUUGUCGCAUGGCAAAUAUACUACUUAAAAGUGAGUUCCGUGUACGAGAUGAUCCAAGAAGAUUUUAUUCACAGGAUUGCUAGUCAUUUUUCGAAGUGAAACGCAUAAUCUGAUAUAGUAAUCGUAUUUGGCACACG